AGUUUAUCAUCUAGCUCCUCCGGGGAGGUAAGUUUCUAUUGAUCCAAGACACGUGUAGUGGAGUGGCGGUCAUAAUCACCUAAACCCUGUUCUCGUUGUUCUCGAUUAAUAUAUAUGUUCUCGAAGAACUGCACGAUCCUGACAUUCGUCUGGGAUGCUUCAGGUUACGGGGACUCCCUUUGAUUUUGGGACGCAGCGCUAUGAAUACCCCUUCCCUCCCACCCAAGGUACAUCAAGCGAUCCGUUUUUACCACUUUCCUCAUCGAUUACAAUCACAUCUGCAUCAAAUUCCAUCUGGCCUUCGUGGCCUGCACAAGUCACAAAAUCUUUUCCUCUCACUGCCCCUCCCCCCAGAAAAGUCAGAACACAUCCGAAGUUGCGGUCUGUGGCUGCGCGAGAACCACCCGUUCCGCCUGGCCUGGCGAACAAACGGAGCUUUUGGAGCCUUAGCCUCCAGCGCCAGGCCUCUGCAGAAAGUCAACAAAGUGACCUUAGCGACACCCAAACACGCGGCCGGAAGCUUCCUCCCGGCAGUAUGGGGUUUACCGAGGUAGACGCCUACCCCGCGUCCGACUCGGAAAUCACUGUGCGACGCCGUCAGCCUUCAGCACAUGCUGCAUGUGCUUCUGGCUCCAGGAUGGACUCAAGGGAGGGAGCAGUCAAUCAAAACGGAUUGAUAACAUGUGGCGAUCAUGCGCCAGAAGCGCAGAGUGCGGGCCCACCAGCCUCUGGUCCUGGGUCCAACGGUGGCCAUAAUCAACUUGACCUGCGGCCAAGGAAUCCGCCAAAUCGAGGCAAUGUACAAAGCUCGUCUGUCGGCGAGAUUUUGAGGAUAGUCGCUGGUCGACUUUUGAAUUGGGUUUUACGCUUUUUCUUGGGUUCUUGAGGUCCUGACGGAGGACAUAGCUAUCAACACUCGACACGACGAUCUAUCACCAUCACCAACAUCUAUCGCUCCAUACCACAACC